AUACGAACCUUUUUAUAUCUCUCAUAUUUAAUUCACUUCAAAGAGAAAAAUUAAAUUAAUAUUUAUCAAAAUAAUAAUAAUAAUAAAAAAAGCCUAAAACUUAGCCUACUCGUGCUCGUAUAUAAUAAUGUCCCUUCCUUUCUAAUGAUCUUUAAUUUCUGUCAACAACAAAAAAAAAAAAAAAAAAAAAAGAAACUCAAGAAAUCCUUUCUUCACCAUUUUUCUUCUCCUCUCUUGUUAGCUCGCACUUUCUUUCACUCCAUCGAAAUCUGAGUUCUCUUUUUUUUUGUGGGGGUUCUUCAAGGUUUUGAGCUUGAGUGUUGAUUUCCAAUCAUGGCUGUUUUUGUGUUCUUUGUGUUUUUUCUUGCGCUAACUGGUCGAUCUUGUGCGAACUAUUGCUUGUGUAGAGAUGGGGUUGGUCAAUCCGUCCUUCAAAAGGCACUGGACUAUGCCUGUGGAAAUGGAGCUGACUGUGCUGCAAUCCUCUCCAAUGGCGCUUGUUUUCAGCCCAACACUGUUAAAGAUCACUGCAAUUACGCUGUCAACAGUUAUUUCCAGCGAAAGGGGCAAGUCCAAGGAAGCUGUGACUUCAACGGCGCCGCCACGCCCAGCGUUACCCUCACUGCCUCUGUGCCCUCUGGUUGCGUCUAUCCUUCUAGCCCCAGCAAUGCGGGAACAUCGCCAACGAACGGUGGAACUACGCCGACGAACGGUGGAACUACGCCGACGAUGACACCAGGGACGCCGUCGACGACGACUCCAGGAAUGACACCGACGGUGUUCGGUAACGGAAUAAGCCCGAGUGGGAGCGGCACCGGGUUCAACGACGGUAGCGGCGGCGUGGGUUUCAAUGAAAAUAGGAACUUGCUUUUGGCAGUGGGGCUAACUCUGUGGCUUUCCGUAUUGUUUCUCUGGGGAUGAUGAAGAUGGCGGAUCGGAUGGUGGAUCUCGAUGAAUGGUUGAGAUCUUGCCACGUAUGUAGGGGUUACUUUUGACGAUUGGAUGUGGAAGGAAGAAUCUAGAGGCAAACCCCACUAGGGAUUUCUUUUCUUUUCUUUUCUUUUCUUUUUUUCUUGUUAAUUUUUUGUUAUUUCUAAUGUUAUUCCAUUAAAGAAAAAGAAAAAGAAAAAAAAAAUGGGAGGGAGGAUGUUUGAUUCCUUUUUUAGGGGGAGGAGGAGGAUGGAGUGUGGAAUCUUUGAUGAAUGAUUUUUGGGGGGAAAGAUGUGUUGUUGUAUAUUUGCUAGAGUUUAUUUAAUUUCUAAUUUUAUGUUGUUGUAA